AAUCCUCACUCUCCUUCUUCCCAAAGUUAAGCGUUUCAGAGAAGCUUGAGAGAGAGAGACAAGCGACGACGAAGGCGACGGCGGAGAAGACGAGGGACGACGACAGAGACGCGACUUUGAAGGAGACGAGGGAAGACGAGACACGACUUUGAAGCCAUACGAGAUGAUUAAUGUCAGAAACAAUGGUGUGGGAGGCCCUGAUUUUAGUAUUGAGUUAGACCUGAAAAUGGAGAGCUUGCAAGUUCCAAAUGAUUUUUUUGCGCAACACAGAAAUGCUUUGGGGAAUCAAGUUGUGAUUAGGGAUCCUGUAGGGGGUGAGUUCUCAUUCAGGUUGCUCUGUGGGGGCAAUGGAGGUUUGAUAUUUGAGUCUGUAAAUGAGAUUCUGAAAAGGUAUGGUUUGAAAGAAAAUCAUUUGGCUGAUUUCUAUUUUGGUGGGAGGAACAUGUUUACUGUGAGGAUAUUGGAUUGUAUGCUGAAUGAAAUUAGCUAUGGUGUUGGCUCUUCCCAGAGGCAACCCAUAGUAAUAGAUGAUGGUAGUUCAGUUGAGAUUGGUGAAGAGGAGGCUAUGGAAGAUGUUGCUGAUGAGGAGGGGCUGCAAGAUGUUGGUGGAGAGUUUGUGGAUGUUGUUGAUAGUGAAGAGGAUGAUGGAAUGGUGCAAUUAAGUGAUGAUGAUGAGGAUGAUGGAAUUAUGCAAUUAAGUGAUGGUGAAGAGGAUGAUGGUGUGGAAAGGGUUAUUCAUGAAUUUGAUAAGGUUAUUACUAAGUCAGGUGCUACUGCAGGCCAAACCUUGCCCGGCCUAAACUGUAUGUUCAGAAUCACAUUAGGGCAAUCUGGAAGCACAUCAUUCUUCAAACCCCUGAGGGUAAAACCUAUAGCUGUGAGCUGAAGAGAAGGAAUCCUGGACAGAUUGAUAGUCCGUGCCACAUUGGAACGGAAUGGUAUCAAUAUGUUAAGGAUAAUAAGUUGAAGCCCAGGGACACUGUCCACUUUAGUCCUGUUAGCACUUACAACAAUAUGGUUAAAGUUACCAUUACUUGUAGGGGACAGAACUGAAUUUAAUGUUUUGUUGAUCUUCCAUAUGUUGUUCUUGGUUUGGACCUUGUUGUUUAGUUUACAACAGUAGCCUAAUUUUGGUUUUGUAACUUUUGACAAUUUGGAUCUUGUGUGUGGUUUUGUUGUUUGGAAUGAGUAUGAUGAACUUUGUGGUUGUUGUUUA